AUGUACUUGCGUCGAUUGUACUCUACAGGUCUCCCCAAGUCUUUGACGGUCAUUGGUGCUGGUCAGAUGGGCGUUGGCAUUGCCUAUGUUGCGGCUGCCAACGCCAAAGUUCCCGUCACUUUGAUCGACAACAGCACCCAGUCCUUGGACCGCGGCUCUGCGUUUGUCGACAAGCUGCUGGCGAAAAACGUCUCGAAAAAAAAGUUGACCGAAGAGGACGCCAAGGCGAUCAAGGGCCGUAUCUCUUUGUCUCAGGAUGUUGAGGGUGUUGUUGGCCAGACCGAUAUUGUCAUUGAGGCCGUUCCGGAAAUUCUCGAUCUCAAGCUCAAGAUUUUCGAGAAUCUGGCUAAAAUUGCUCCCCAAAACACAAUUCUCGGCACAAACACAUCCUCGAUCUCUAUCAGCAAGAUUGCUGCCGCUGCCAAAGGUGCCGAGGACCGGGUUAUUGGUAUCCACUUUAUGAACCCUGUUCCCGUCCAACCCGGUGUGGAGAUCAUUCGCGGUUUGCAGACCUCCGACGCUACUCUUGCUACUACCAAUGCAUUUGUCCAGUCCUUGAACAAGAUCACCAGCACUUCCAAUGACGUCCCGGGCUUCCUUGCUAACCGUAUUCUUAUGCCCUACAUCAACGAGGCAAUCAUUGCCUAUGAGACCGGUGUUGGCCAACCUGAGGAUAUCGACAGCAUUAUGAAGAACGGCUGCGCCAUGCCCAUGGGUCCGCUUGCCCUUGCUGACUUUAUCGGCCUUGACACUUGUCUUGCCAUCAUGAAGGUUCUGCACAACGACCUCGGCGACUCCAAGUACCGCCCCUCCGUGCUGUUGGCCAAGAUGGUCGAUGCUGGAUACUAUGGCGUCAAGUCCGGCCGUGGUUUCUACGAUUAUUCCAAGAAAUAG